UUAAAAAGAAAAGAAGAGAAGAGAACAAUUCCAACAAAGACAUCGUCUUUGACUCUAAAAACUCCAAACCCAACCCUCGUGACUUUCUGAAUUUAAACACUUCCAUUUUCUCUCUCCUCUUUCAAUCUUAUUUCAUCUCAUUUUCAUCAUCAUCUUUUCCUAACCCAGAAAUAAAAAAGGAACACAAAUUUAACCCUUUUUUGUUGGAUUUUUUUUAUACUAUUUGUUAUCAAUCUAGACCCCAGAAUUGUGCUGAAUUUUAGUUUUGAUCCGGAAGAUAAAUGGGUGAUGAUCAUGUGGUGUGUGUGGACCGUCUGAUUACAUCCGACUCUUUGCAAUCGGCAAAAGGGACUGAGGUUUCGGAAUCCUCUGGUGAUAGUCAUAUUUAUGUUGCUGAAUCUUCCAACUCACUUCAACCCAAAGAGGUGGGAGAAGAUGACGUGGCUGAUGAAGAACAGCCACUUCUUCAGGUUGUUGAGUGCAGGAUUUGUCAAGAGGAGGAUAGUGCAAAGAAUUUGGAGGUUCCUUGCUCUUGCAGUGGCAGUUUGAAGUACGCUCAUAGGAAAUGCGUUCAGAGAUGGUGCAAUGAGAAAGGAGACAUUAUAUGUGAGAUCUGUCAUCAGCCUUAUCAAUCAGGUUAUACUGCCCCACCACCUCCACCUACUGAUGAUACUGCGAUCGACAUCAGUGCCCAGUGGACAGUGUCCGGUGCACCAUUAGAUUUGAAUGACCCACGACUUCUGGCGAUGGCAGCAGCUGAACGACGCUUAUUGGAAGCUGAGUAUGAUGAGUAUGCUGAUUCUAAUGCCAAUGGAGCAGCAUUUUGCCGCUCUGCUGCCCUCAUUUUGAUGGCCCUGUUGCUCUUGAGGCAUGCUCUCUAUGUGACAAGUCCUGAUGGAGAGGAGGAUGAUGUCUCCACCUUCUUCUCUCUUUUCUUGCUUCGGGCUGCUGGUUUUCUUCUUCCAUGCUACAUAAUGGCUUGGGCUAUCAGUAUAUUGCAACGGCGGAGGCAAAGACAGGAAGCAGCAGCAUUGGCAGCAGGUGAAGUUGCGUAUGUAAUACAGGCAGGACAGCAUGGAGGCGUGCACUUCACCAUAGCCCCUGGACCUGCAGUUGCUCAUCACCCUGAGCCACCACAUCAAUAACGUGAUGGAGUUUAUAAACAUAGUAUCCAAUUGAGUAUGAAGUUACGAGUUUCUCGUAGAGCUGUUGGUUUACAAGAUUGCCAAUUUUAUUGGCGUAAAAACUACCCACCGUGCUGUAAACAUUUCUCAGUAACUUAUACUACUAUUUACCAAAGAUAUACUGAUGGAAAAGGGUCUUGCAACUCUCUACCUACAGCUCUCCAUUUGCUUGUACAUAAAAAUCAUCACCGGCGCAUUAGUAAUAUGUAUUAUUCGUAGCGCUUGAGAGUGCUACUGGCAACAAUUUUAUCGAGUCUCUCGUUAAUUUCAUCCCUGUAAGAUUUAUUUAUUUCCUUCA